AUGGGCAAAGAGAAGACCCACAUCAACAUUGUGGUCAUCGGCCAUGUGGACUCGGGCAAGUCCACCACUACAGGGCACCUCAUCUACAAAUGUGGGGGCAUCGACAAGAGGACCAUCGAAAGGUUUGAGAAGGAGGCCGCAGAGGUGGGCAAAGGCUCCUUCAAGUAUGCCUGGGUACUGGACAAGCUGAAGGCAGAGCGCGAACGUGGCAUCACCAUUGACAUCUCCCUGUGGAAGUUUGAGACCAAGAAAUACUACAUCACCAUCAUUGAUGCCCCAGGUCACCGUGACUUCAUCAAGAACAUGAUCACGGGCACCUCACAGGCAGACUGUGCUGUGCUGAUUGUGGCAAGUGGUGUAGGUGAGUUUGAGUCUGGCAUCUCCAAGAAUGGGCAGACCCGGGAGCAUGUACUGCUGGCCUACACGCUGGGUGUGAAGCAGCUCAUCGUGGCCGUCAACAAGAUGGACAUCACAGAGCCUCCUUACAGUAGUGCACGCUUUGAGGAGAUCAGCAAGGAGGUGAAGGCCUAUAUCAAGAAGAUCGGUUACAACUCUGAGGCUGUCGCCUUUGUGCCCAUCUCGGGCUGGCAUGGGGACAACAUGAUAGAACCCAGCAACAAGAUGUCCUGGUUCAGAGGCUGGAAGAUCACCAGGAAGGAAGGAAACAUGGUGGGCAUGACCCUGCUAGAAGCACUGGACUCCAUCAUGCCCCCUGCCCGGCCUGUGAACAAGCCCCUGCGGCUACCCCUGCAGGACGUAUAUAAGAUUGGGGGCAUCGGCACUGUGCCCGUGGGCCGGGUGGAAACAGGCUUCCUUAGGCCAGGCAUGGUGGUGACCUUUGCCCCCUGCAACAUCACCACGGAGGUCAAGUCUGUAGAGAUGCACCAUGAGCCCCUGGCUGAGGCCCUGCCCGGAGACAACGUGGGCUUCAAUGUGAAGAAUGUGUCGGUGAAGGACAUCAGGAGGGGCUACGUGGCAGGAGACAGCAAGAAUGACCCACCUGCAGAGGUGGAGAGCUUCGUCUCCCAGGUGAUCAUUCUCAACCACCCUGGCAACAUUGCAGCUGGCUACUCCCCAGUUCUGGACUGCCACACGGCCCACAUCGCUUGUAAGUUUGCAGAGCUCAGGGAGAAGAUCGACAGGCGCUCAGGCAAGAAGCUGGAAGAUAAUCCCAAAUCCCUAAAGUCUGGGGACUCAGCCAUUGUUCAGAUGAUUCCACGAAAGCCCAUGUGCGUGGAAAGCUUCUCAGAGUACCCACCCCUUGGUCGCUUCGCUGUGCGUGACAUGAGACAGACGGUGGCUGUUGGGGUCAUCAAGGCUGUGGAGAAAAAAGCAGCGACUGGUGGCAAAGUCACCAAGUCUGCCAUGAAAGCGGCCAGGAAGUGA